AUGAGUGUUGUUGCCAGUAGACCAGAGAGCCCUGCUGUGCCCUACACGAUCCCUCGCGAUGCCCCGAGCUACAAAGAAUUCGGCGUAAGCGUCCAGCCUGUCGCCUCGCGCACCUCCUCCAUCUCCUCCUAUAAGACAAACUAUACAACCUCGACUACGCCGACGACGGCCUACUCGCCCUCGUCGCCUACAUCGUCCUGUCGCCAAUUCGACUCGAUAGGGUCCAUCACGGAGCCCAUCACCCCAAUCCAACGCCGAGUACCACAGGAAGUUUACGACGUGAUCCUGAACAACCUUGAGACUUUGCACAAGGCUCCGCACCAAACCGGUUGUAUAACAUGCUUCCAGCGCGACCUCCACGCCUUGUCCCUGACUUGUCGGUCAUGGGAAAAGGCAGUCAGACCACGACUGUAUAAUAAAAUUCACAUUGUCGGGAAUGACUCCCCGGCACAGUUGAAGAAAUACCGUCUGAAGAGAGGAAGUCGCCUGAAGUUGCUGCGCCGCACCUUGCGCGAACGACAUAUGCUGGCCCAUCUCGUUCGCGAACUCCGGGUGCCUCAGAUGGACUUGCUCUUCACAACGACGAAACAGAGUAUGCAGUGGCAGGAGUAUCGUGAUAUCGUCGCGUCCGUGGUCAUGGUUUGCCCAAAUCUAGAACGUCUCUUGGGUCUGUCGGUCCCGUACCACCACGAAUUCGACCGUUUGACCCACGCGUUGUCGACCCGCAAGCGGCUCAAGGAGCACAUUUGGGUACUGGGUGAGGCAACGGAGGUUUCGGAAAUGUCCCCCCGGAGUACCUCCUGCCCCGGCAGUCUCGGCCCGUCCGAGAUGUUCGAGUUUCUGAAUUAUCAUGUCUCAUGGUCGAAAUUGGAGACUUUGAUGCUCUACGGGUUGAAUGGGAAUGGCGCGUUGGAGCCAAGUAUAUUCUUGCGCAUGUUUGAUCUCCUGCCGUCCUUGAAGAACCUUUGCAUCACUUCUUUUAAUGAGGACGCCUUCGCGGAUAGCACGCUGCUAUGCCUUCCCCCGCUUGAAUCCCUGCGCUUGGAGAACCUGCCCGGUGUCACGGACCGUGGCCUUGUCCAGUACACGUCGCGCCCCGAGUCUCGCUCGCUCAAGUCCUUUGUCUUGGUGGAACAGAAUGUGGAAUCGUUGCUGGUCAUCUCCAAAAUUCUCUCCUCCCUGACACAACUUGAACGGUUCAAGUUUGUGCAAUGCGAUAAAUGCCCCAUUAUGCCUAGUGAGGGCAUGGUCUUCCAACCUAUAUUGGCAUCGUCCACUCUCAAAUACCUCCAUUGGGAUGUUGCCUGUCCUGACCCAGGCACUGCACUGACCCAACUGGAUUCUCGCCCCUUCCAGCACCCCCUGAAACAGUCCGAUACCCCUAAUUCUCAUCUUGCUCAAAGCAUCCUCUCCGCUGGUUUUCCUUGCCUCGAAACGCUACGCGCUCCCAAUGACGUGGAGCCUCCAGGCGUUCUUCAGGCUUCUUGCCGGCCUAUCAUUAGGGGCCAAGCACUGCUUCGACCGGACCGGUAUAGUCUGCCUCGCAGCUCGCACGGUUCUGUUAGCACCCGGCCUCUAGCUCUUCCAGCCGGAAAUAAUUUGACUUCUUCCCGAAUCCGCGCGCAAACAUUCAUCGAUAUGGCCGCGAAGGAUACGGAAAGCGGUAUGCCAGUGUUGAUCCAGGAUUACUCGGACGAUUUCACCCCUGACAACGCCCUGAUCUCUCAGUUUGAAGAUGAGGCCGAGCAAGAAAUGGAUGACUACGGUAUCUGGGCUGCAGCCGAGCGAUACAAGAAUGCCCCUCCUAAAAAUGAGGGACCCAAAACGGUCUACCAGUUCCACAUGCCAGCAUUCAUGGGCCGAUCAGGCAUCAAGGAUCCCGCAACGGGAGCCUCUAUCCCCAAGUUCCUUUUGCGUCCUGAUAUUGCUGGGCAAGAAUCAGACGGUGGAUUGAUCGGAUGGAAGCAAUUGCUUGCCUCUAAUCAGUCGCUCUCUUUCGCUGCCGGAGUGGGGGUUCAUUGCUUUGAAAAUAGCAAGAACAUUCCUAACCCGCCUCCGAUCGAUGACAUUGCUUCCCCCUCUUCUAGCACGUCACGCUUCGGAUGGGGCAGCCUGGGUGGUCGGUCGACAGGUACUCCAGCAACUCCCACCACCCCUAUCACUCCAAUGAGCUUCACAUCCUCCCAUGCACUCCCUUGGGAUAAGGAUACCUGCACUGGCUCCUGGAACCAUAAGAUGGGCCGGGACUGGUGGUUCCAUAUGGAACGUGACCGCCCUGGGAACUCUGAGCUCAUCAGUGCGUUGCAGCUCUUCUGA